UUUCCGAUUGGAUUGCUAUAUUUAGGAAACCACCCUGCGCUUUAUAAAGAGAUCGCAGUUUGUUACUGGUAAAUGUUCUGGAGUUUGGAGACGGGAGCGGCUUACGGGCAAACGUGUGUCCUGUUUCACUUAGACUAGUAUUUAAAAGCAGCGAGCGUCUUUUGGAUGCGAACAUUGCAGCGAGAGCUCGGAGAAAGACACGAAUGGCAGACAUACGCAAGAAACUUGUGGUGGUCGGGGACGGCGCAUGUGGGAAGACAUGUCUGCUGAUUCUCUUCAGCAAAGACGAGUUUCCUGAGGUGUACGUGCCGACUGUGUUUGAGACAUAUGUGGCGGACAUAGAAGUGGACAACAAGCAAGUCCAGCUCGCUUUGUGGGACACCGCUGGACAGGAGGACUACGACCGGCUGCGCCCUCUCUCCUACCCGGACACCGAUGUCAUUCUGAUGUGCUUCUCCGUGGACAGCCCGGACUCGUUGGAAAACAUCCCUGAAAAGUGGGUCCCUGAAGUUAGACACUUUUGUCCGAAUGUGCCCAUUAUAUUGGUGGCCAACAAGAAAGAUAUGCGCAAUGAUGAAAACGUAAAGAACGAGCUGUCCCGGUUGAAGCUGGAGCCAGUGAAAACGGAGGAUGGCCGGGCCAUGGCCAUGCGCAUUGGUGCAUAUGACUAUUUGGAGUGCUCUGCCAAAACCAAGGAGGGGAUCUGGGAGGUGUUCGAAACUGCAACACGAGCAGCCUUGCAAAAACGGAAAACACCAUCAGGAAGUUGUCUCAAAUGCUGUGUUUUGAUGUGAAAUCUGUGCGGACCGUGACGCACAUAGAGACAGACAAGACAGACAGGACGUUUCCACCUCUGGGAUAUGUGUCUGAACAUGUACGGGCAGUGACCACGCUGUGGAUACUCCCUUUUUGUAAUCAGACGACCUUGGUUGAACAAAAUUUUGACUACAAGUUGUUUUGAACACACGAUAAUCAUCUGGUAUCUGUGUGUGAGAUGCACUGGUUACAGCGUGUUCUUUGUGGGUCACAGGAUCCGAACUGACAGGUGGAGGGGUUGUAAGGACAAACUGCUACAUUUCAGUGGACUCCUUAUUUAACCCCUGUGUAAUGUGGCCUGUUUUUCAAGCCAAGAUUUCAAUUGCUUUCUUUAUUUUGUGUUUCAUAGUGUUCGCAUAGGCCACUGCCUCACUGCCAAGGUUAUACUCUGUGAUAAUUGCACUUGUUAUUUAUGUUCACUCUGUAUUGGUAUCUGACUGUAGCCUAUUUUAGUUUUGCAUUGCACGGCACCUGAACACUACUAAACAGACAUGGCUUAAGUUUACAGAGACUCAAAAUCAGUUGUCUCAGGUUGGUUUAGGUGGUAGCAAGCGGCAACAUCCGUGGCUGUGAAGUAAAGCUGAAAAACUGCAGUUUCUUGAACGGCCAUUUGAGGCUGGCUGCAGAACGUCUCCAUAAGUCCCCAUGUUAAAAUUUCCAACUUCACAGCAGAAAUAAACAUGUUUACAGUCCUGGUGGCUAAGGUGACUCAUUAUAGGCGGAAAUUGUGUGUUUAGAAACAAUGAAGGAAUAAAGUUACACAGAUAUGUUGUAAUAUGAGGCGGCACCCUCACAGCAAGAUAAACUGGUUCGAACCCCCAUGCAUGUUGCAUGCUCUCCCUGUGUGGGCAUGGGUUUUUUUUCUUGGUACUUUCUCCUACAGUCCAAAGACAUUGACUUAAUAGGUUAAUUGGUGACUUUAAAUUGCUUGUUGGUGUGAAUGUGAGUGUGAAUGGCAGCUUGUGUCUGUGUUCCCUGUGUAUCCCACCUCUUACCCUAAGAUGCUGGGAUAGGCUCCAGCCCCCACGACCCUGAUGAGGAUAAGCGGUUACAGAAAAUGGAUUGGAGUGGAUGUUGUAGCCUGUAAAUAGUACAACCAGCAAAGGAGAACAAAAUGCCUACAGUGCAUCUGAACCAAAUUAUUUUUAAGCACAUACAGCAUCUCACCAUUUCUUUUCUAAACUCUGAGCUAUCAGAGGCUGACUCAAAGAUCCACUUGACAUUUUCUAUUUAACUACUGCUCCACUUACAGUGAUGCGGGUGACAUUUCCAAGAGGAGAUUGAGCAUGUGAGAUGGUCAAGCAUGUGAGUGUUUUGCUCAGUGAGACAUGUUGUUUUUUUUUUUUCAGGAAGUGUCAUGAAAACAAGAGUGGGCUUUGUCAGAGCUCUAUGAGCCAGUAGCACACUCUCAUAUGGAUUAAGCCAUCUGAUGGCAAUUAAUUAAUGGAGAUGUAUCAUGUGUUAUUAAAACCACAAUCGUAUUAUUAAUACACAGACUGAAACAAAGUAUACUGCUGACUAAAACACUAGACAAAAACUAAAUGUAAAAUAGUACUUGGUUUGUUUACAGCAUUGUUGAGAGACACAAAAAACUGAUUUAAUGUCUUCCGUAUUAUGACCAUGAAUGUACCUCAAAUUUAUUUGGUCUAAAAUAUUGUUGGAGCUUUGUAGUGAGCAAUGGAACAACAUUGUAUUUGAGCCUAUUUUUCCAUAAAUUCAGCUCAUGUUUGAUCAGUGUCUCCACAGAAGUGUUCGGUUUCUGUGUUCUCACACGAUGGUGGGAGAGCUCGUUCAACUGACAGCUAUGAACAUCAAUUACAGAGACUGUUGUCACACCGGGAAUCCAGGGUAAAACUCUGGUGAAUUCACAAUGCAAGUCUUUUUUUGUUUUUGUUUUUUUGUUUUAGUGAUAACUGACUGAGACAAAAAGCUCAAAUUCUGCUUUAUACAUGUACUUUUCCUGUGGUUAGUUAAGAUAAAUCAGAGUUUAGAAGAGUAUCUUUUAUAAAUCCAACCAGAUUUACAAUGGUGUAAAAGUCACAUUCCUCCCUGCCUUCUGUUGCUGGGCUUUUUGCUGACUUACUGGACAGGAAUGCAUUGUGCUGGACUGGUUAAAUUUUCCCACACUGGCCCCCCUCAUGUGCCUCCUGAUUUCCAAUGUUGUGAGGUUAUUAUUCACUGAUCAGACAGUGCAGUUUCCCUCUUUUUCUUUAUUUUACUUAAAUAAAAAACAACUAUGGAAUCAUGGAUAUGAACAAAGCUGAAAAAUGUGCCAAACAUGUUUGUUAAGAUACAUUUUUGUGAGGAAAAGCAAUACAGAAUGUAAGGGAACAAAGUGGUACUGUUUGGGGAAAAAGUCAAUAAAAGAGUCAAUGUGUGUCACUA